AUGACAAAGCCUCAGAAAAAGACUAAAACAUCAUUUCAAUUUAUGAAAGUGAAAGAAGCAAUUUCAUGUGAUCCUAAAGAAGACUUUUUUGUCUUUAAUGUUCAAAAAUUUAUUAAGACAAGAGCUUCAGAAAUGGUUAGUUCAGAAAUUAGAAAUGGAAUAAGUUACUUAACAGCACAAAGAAGAGUUCAAGACUUAAAACAUAUUGAAACUAUUCAUUUAUUUGAAGAUAUGUUAGGAGAAGAUUAUAUCUUUGAAAUUGGAUUUGAAGACCGUGAUGGGAUUCAUGGUUCAAUUCAUAUUUAUUUUCAUGAUCAAUUACUCUAUACAACUAACCAAAUCAAAAAAAUUGGUCAAUCAAUUUAUUUGUACAUUAAUUCAAAAUUACCUUCACCAGACAGAAUUAUUCGUUUAAACGAACUUUCACCAUUUCUUUCAUUGUAA